UCCAUUUGGACACAUACCAAAAAAAUGCCUAAUGGCAAAAUCAAUUUUGCCACAUGGCAAAAAAAAUGCCAGAUGGCAAAAUCCAUUUUGCCACAUAGCAAAAUCCAUUUUUCCACAUGACAAAAAAAAUGCCACAUGCCAAAAUCAAUUUUGCCACAUGGCACAAAAAAUGCCACAUGCCAAAAUCCAUUUUGCCAAUUGGCAAAAAAAUGACACAAGCCAAAAUGCAUUUUGACACAUGCCAAAAAAAUGCCACAUGCCAAUAAAAUGCCACAUGCCAAAAUCCAUUUUGCAACAUGGCAAAAGAAAAUGACACAUGCCAAAAUUCAUUUUGCCAGAUGGCAAAAAAUGCCACAUGGCAAAAUGCAAUUUUGCAAUUUGUCAAAAUCCAUUUCACCACAUGGCAAAAAAAAUCACCCAUGCAAAAAUCCAUUUUGCAACAUGGCAUAAAAUGCAACCUAGCAAAAACCAUUUUGCCACAUAGCAAAAUCCAUUUUAAAAAUCCCUCUUGCCAAAAUCCAUUUUGACACAUGGCAAAAUCCAUUUUGCCACAUGGCAAAAUCCAUUUUGCCAGUUAGCAAAAAAAAAAAAAAAAAAAACAUGCCAAGAAAAUGCCACAUGUCAAAAACAAUGCCACAUGCCAAAAUCUAUUUUGACACAUGACAAUAAAUGCCACAUGGCAAAAUCAAUUUUUCCACAUGGCAAAAGAAAAUGCCACAUCCCAAAAUCCAUUUUACGACAUGGGAAAAAUGCCGCACAGCAAAAUCCAUUUUGCCAUAUGGCAAAAAAUGCAACAUACAUGGCAAAAAAAUGCCACAUAGCAAAUCCAUUUUGCCACAUGGCAAAAAAUGUCACAUGGUAAAAUCAAUUUUGCCACAUGGCACAAGAAAAUGACACAAUUUUGCCACAUGGCAAAAUCCAUUUCGCCACAUGGCAAAAAAAAAAAAAGACACAUGCCUAAAACAAUUUUCCCACAUGGCAAAAAAAUGCAACAUAGCAAAAACCAUUUUGCCACAUAGCAAAAUCCAUUUAAAAAAUGCCUCUUGCCGAAAUCCAUUUGCCACGUGGCAAAAUCCAUUUUGACACAUUGCAAAAAGAAUGACACAUGGCAUAAUCCAUUUUGCCACAUGGCAAAAGAAAAGGCCACAUGGUAAAAUCCAUUUUGACACAUGCCAAAAAUCAUAUUGACACAUGGCAAAUAAGUUCCACAUGGCAAAAAAAAAGCCACAUGGCAAAUACCAUUUUUCGUUCUUGGCCCUGCUGUUGAAUGUAGUGUAAGCACUCUUAACAGGCUGAACUGGUUAACUCUCUCUGACUAAUAACUAAAGGGCGGGUACUAUAUUGCGCCUUUACAAGGGAGUGUGUAUGUUGUACGCUUGUAUGUUGGGAAACCGAGGGCUGGAUGAUUCCGCCCACUCUCCACCCACAAUCCUCAUUUCCCGGCACACAGAGCAAGGUAGCGCAGUGUCCAACAGUACACGCUUGGUAUUUCCCUUUCCUGUGGUGUUUUCCUUUUAGUUUUUGUCACACUGCGCAAUUUCAAAGUUGGCAACGUCGAGAGGAGAGAAUGCUUUUAAUUUGGUCCUUUUUCCUCAACGCUCUUAUGCCAUCGAUGCUCCACGGGGAAGCAGUAUGUCCUUGCUCAAAAGCUCGUCUUCCUCCGCCGACGAACCUGUCACAUGAGUGGCUUGAUUCGUUUAGGGUAAAGGUGGUCUGGAUGAAGCCCAGCAAGUUGCCGAAGCACUGUAAAGUAAUGUACAGUGAUGAGAAGGGAGAAAAAACAGAGCAUACAAGCCAUACAAGGAAACUUCUGAAGUCUGAUGCCGGAUCAUCUGGCUUGAACUUUACCGUCCGAACUAUCGGCAGCUGUGAAGAGCAGGGUGAUGCCGCUUCAGUUGUCCUAAAUACGCCUAAGCCUCGAGCCGUGCUGGCAAGAGACUUCAAAUGUGUAUUUCGUGUGGAUAAUAUGAAUUGCUCCUGGAUCCCGAUCCGUCCCUCUGAUAACUUGAAUGUAUCUUUCAGGAUUUGCAGCGAAUCUGAAGAUAAACAGUGCGAGCUGAUUUAUCGGGACGGGAUCCGAAACGGCUGCAUCCUGGGCGCCAAAUUCGUCCGCGAAGACGUCUGCGUACUCUUGAGGAGCGACACUUCCGAUAGCACCUUCAGGCCGCAGCUCUUGUUAGACCCGCCGAAACUCAACGUGACUGUGACAGGCGACAUGUUCAUCCUGAGCUGGACGUCCCCAGAGUUGGGGAAGAAUUGCGGUUUGAAGUACGAGUUGUGCUACUACCGAUGCGGAGGAGAAAAGGAUUGCAACGAAUACAUGAAAAGGGAAACGUCGAUCCCGUAUGAUACAAAGUGCCAUUACGAUUUCCAAGUCCGGGUCAAAGGUCUCGAAUACUGCAAACACCUUGAAAGUGACUUCAGUCCACUUGUGUCUCACGGAAUCGACAAGUCUCCCAAAUUACCACUGGCGGCGGUUGCCGUCGCUACUGCAGUGUUCCUGUCUCUCGUUGUCCUUUUGACCUGCUAUUGCUUCAGGAGGCACAGUGCUGAUCUCUGCCCAAACAUUCCUGAUCCGUCAGGAUUUAUAAAUAACAUGAUGACAGGUGUAACCACAGAAAUUAAGUCAUCCGCAAAUAUUUACACGCCCGUUCCUGAAUGCGUACUACCCUGCAAAAUUAUGGGCGCUCACGAACUCAUCGCCCGUUCUGAGCCGGCGAAGCUAAAGCCGCAAGCGGAGCUCACCUGUUAACUGCCAAGCAGGGCACAGAACGGUGCCGUUUGUCACUGUCCGCAGGACCGCGAGUGGACUUGUUGAUGGAAGGGGGACUUCCAUGGUAGGAGAAACGGUCCCCCCCCCCUCCAAAAAAUAGCUGUUUGAAGAGUUUACAUGUGGUGGACCUGCAGAGUUGUAUUUGAAUUCUGCAUUUUCCUAUAUUGCACUUUGAUGAAUUCACUCUUGAUUAGUUCAACUCAGGAAUGUUUUUGCUGAUAUUUUCACGGCUGUUGUACAUAUUGUUACAAGUCUGCGCUGAGAUACGAAGGCAAGGGCGUAGGUUUGCAUAGGGACGUUAGGGACAAAACACGAGCAACUUUUCAGGACGCUCAAAUUGUCCCCACCAACUUUUAGGCGACCUUAUUUGCAUUAUACACAAUAUCAUGAUUUAAGUUAUAUAGGUCAUUUAGAUUGAUUAUUGAAUUGUUAUUAUUAUUUUUUGUUAAAAAUUUUAACUAUUUUGUCAAAUCAAAUGACCUGAUUUGACCAGGACAUGUCCCCGAAAUGUCCCCAAAUGAACUGAUGUUACCAGGACAUGUGCCCGAAAUGUCCCCAAAUGACCUGAUAUGACCACGACAUGUCCCCAAAAUGUCCCCAAAUAACCUGAUAUGACCAGACCAUGUCCGCCAAAUGGCCUAAUAUGACCAGGACAUGUCCACAAAUGACCAGGACAUGCCCCUGAAACGUCCCCAAAUGACCUGAUAUGACCAGGACAUGUCCCCAAAUGACCUGAUAUGACCAUGACAUGUCCCCAAAUGACCAGGACGUCCCUGAAAUGUCCCCAAAUGACCACGACAUAUCCCUGAAAUGUCCCCAAAUGACCUAACAUGACCAGGACAUGCCCCUGAAACGUCCCCAAAUGACCUGAUAUGACCAGGACAUGUCCCCAAAUGACCUGAUAUGACCAUGACAUGUCCCCAAAUGACCAGGAUGUCCCUGAAAUGUCCCCAAAUGACCACGACAUAUCCCUGAAAUGUCCCCAAAUGACCUAACAUGAUCAGAACAUGUCCCCGAAAUGACCUUAUAUGACCACGACAUGUACCCAAAUGACCAGGACAUGCCCCUGAAAAGUCCCCAAAUUACCUGAUAUGACCAGGACAUGUCCCCAAAUGACCUGAUAUGACCAGGACAUGUCCCCCAAAUGUCCCGAUAUGACCAGGGCAUGUCCCCCAAAUGACCUGACAUGACCAGAACAUCUCCCCCAAAUGACCUGAUAUGAUCACGACAUGUCCCCAAAUGACCAGGACAUGCCCCUGAAAUGUCCCCAAAUGACCUGAUAUGACCACGACAUGUCCCCAAAUGAACUGAUAUGACCAGGACAUGUCGCCCAAAUGUCCCGAUAUGGCCAAGACAUGUCCCCAAAUGACCAGGACAUGUCCGUGAAAUGUCCCCAAACGACCAGGACAUGUCCCCGAAAUGUCCCCAAAUGACCUGAUAUAACCAGAACAUGUCCCCCAAAUGACCUGAUAUGACCACGGCAUGCCCCCAAAUGACCUGAUAUGACCAGGUCAUGUCCCCCAAAUGACCUGAUAUGUCCAGGACAUGUCCCCAAAUGACCUGAUGUGACCAGGACAUGUCCCCCAAAUGUCCUCAAAUGACCUGAUAUGACCAGGACACGUCCUCCAAAUGACCUGAUAUGACCAGGACAUGUCCCCCAAAUGUCCCCAAAUCAACAGGAAGUGACCUGAUAUGACCAGGCCAUGUCCCCCAAAUGACCUGAUAUGUCCAGGACAUGUCCCCAAAUGACCUGAUAUGACCAGGACAUGUCCCCCAAAUGUCCUCAAAUGACCUGAUAUGACCAGGACACGUCCUCCAAAUGACCUGAUAUGACCAGGACAUGUCCCCCAAAUGUCCCCAAAUCAACAGGAAGUGACCUGAUAUGACCAGGACGUGUCCCCGAAAUGUCCCCAAGUCAACAGGAAGUGAUAUAUAUAUAAUAUAUAUAUAUAAUAAUUAUUAUUACAAUUAUAAUUAUAAAUUAAACUUUUGAUCAUUAUAAUUAUUAUUAUGAUUAAAUUGAUUGAAGUGUCCUCCUGUAUGUGUUUUCUACACACACAGAAAUGUUUCUUUAAUAAUUUUUGAAAACAAAGGUUUGAAUUGAACGGUCGAGGCUGAACCAAUACACAUAGAAGUUAGUAAAAGUAAAUACAGAUUUAUUUUGCAUUGAUCAUUAAAAAUGUCCCGACCCCAGCAAAAAGUGUACAUGCAUGUCAUGCCUUAUCGUCCAUACCUAUGUUUAGACCUUGUACAAACGUAAUGUGUUCCGUGAGUCUACUCACCCAAUGGAAGCUGAACUUUCACCGCCAAUGACAUGUUUACUUGACAAUUAUGUUUUUCAAAGGGACGAAAUGACAACACUAGUCAACAGUUGAGGGAUUUUACACUCGACCAGAAAAUGUAUAUUUAAAGUUUGCGCAGGGUAUAUGUUACUAUAGCAGAGCUGUGUGCGUGUGAUAAAUGGGAUACAGUAAAUUAUUUUGUUUGCUAUAAUAAAGACACCAAACAAUAUGACAGGCAUGCUAUGUGCUAUGCAAUACAUAUUGUUAAAGACAUUAUCCAAUCAAAAUGCAUUCAUAAAUCAUGUUAUGAACUUAUUUAUGGAAUGAAACUCUUUCGAUGUUAGAGUUGUCACAACAGCAACAAAGAUGAUCAAAGUCACUGUACUGUUUGAUAUGUCAAUAAAACUUUUUGUAGGUACCACUUUUGCCAUCCUGCACAUCUUGUCCACCAAUAUAUAUGCGGAACAGCCAACGCUCCAAAAUAAACCACAUUAAUUUUAAUAUAUAUAC